CUUCUGGGGCUUUUUACUCCAGUCAUGACUAACAUUUGCAAUGCCGCUCAUUAGGAAAACCAACUUGCCUAUAGAGAUAAGGGUUAAGGACGUUAAUGGUUGGGAAAACUAUAUAGCCAUCAGAUCAGUCUACUCGACUAGAUUGUUUUCGCAGCCAUGACAACCUACGACCUUAAGGAUACCGAAUUGCAGGCGUUGAAUGGGCGAGUCAUUCUGAUCACGGGAGCUGCAACUGGAAUUGGAAGAGCUACGGUGGAGCUUGCACACAAGUAUGGGGCAAAAAUUGCAAUUGGAGAUUGGAACGAAACGGAAGGCGCGAAGAUUGUGGCCGAAUUAAAGGAGCGCGUAUUGUUCCGCAAAUGCGACGUCACGAAGUGGUCAGACGUACUUGCUCUUUUCGAGGAGACCCGUAAGACUUUCGGCAUCAUCCAUGCCGUUCUUUCCAACGCUGGUGUCAACAAAGAAGACCUCCUUCAUGACCACUUUGAUCCCCAGAGUGGAGAGCUGCUCGCCCCAGAUCGUACACUCCUAGACAUCAAUCUAACAGGGAUGCUCUAUGUGGUAAAAUGUGCGGUGCAUUAUUUCAGACAGUGGCCGGAAACACGAACUCAGAUCGUGAUGACUGGUUCCGCAGCCAGUUAUAUCGACACCCCUCCGCUCCACAUAUAUUGUGCUUCAAAGGCCGGAGUGCUCGGAUUAAUGCGGUCGCUAAGGACACAGCUCGUCAAGGAAAAUAUCACCAUCAACAUGAUCGCGCCGUGGAUGACUAUAACACCAAUGAUGAUGAAAGAGCUACUUGAUAUAUGGGGAGAGCUACCAGCCAAUCAGCCUACUGGUGUUGGAAGAGCGAUACUUCUGCCGUUAGUCCGUCCAGAAGUGAAUGGGAAAUCUUUCUUUGUUGCAGGCCACGAGAUCGUGGAGUUUGAAGAUAAGCUUCAUGAUACGCAGCCGCAGUGGAUGGGUGAAGGCCUUAGCAAGUCUGUCGAUGAAGGGCAACGGCGACUUAUUCCAUAAUGGCUCAAUCGUAAAAUAGCUAUGUACACUUCAAUUUGCUGCCAAAUUUGCUCCGCUUAGGUUCAAUGGAUUAUGUCAAUUCAUUUUCCGCAUGGUCCUUUCGCGUCUUUAGAAGAGUAGGAACGGGAUAGGAUCACAAAGCAUUGUCAGAGGCUCAGCUUCGUAUGAUACAUGUAAGGGCAGUGUCUGUUGUUAUUCAUGCCGGGCUGCUGAUUACUUGGGAUAGGUGGAAACUACUAAUUCGCUAAGAAUCGUAGGCAUAGCGAGGAAAUGAGACACAAGGU